GCUUUGGUGUGGGAAACAUGUUGGUAGCAUGCGCUAGGUUCCUUUUGGGAACGUUUUUGGUGCUUUUUUGUGCGUGGAACAGUUGUGGACAGUUUGUGAGCCUUAGAAAUGCAGAAACAACAAUGAAGCCGCUUCCGUUCCCGACGUGCAAAGCAGACGACUUGGAAUGUUUACGACGUGGUUUAAGAACAUUCUUCUUCCUUAUGAACUCUGGAUACUUGGGCAUGAAACAGAUCGAUCCGAUGGAGCUGAAUAGCAUAUCCAUAUCGCUACCCGAAGAGCGAAUGGGGUUCUUGCUGAGGAGAGUGAACGUGAGCGGCGCUCUGUGGACUAAAUUGGUUGAUAGAAGUUUUGAUACAGAAAGGAACAGCGUCAGAUUUUUCAGCGACUUACAUGUGAUGGGUGAUUUGAGUGUGAAUAGAGCAGAACGAGACGAACCCUAUGUUGCCCGACUGACUAUGGACAUCGGUGACGUAGAAUCUAAUAUCACAUACGCCUGGACAGCGGAACGUGGUAUAGAUGAACAAGCUUACAUUCUGAUCGGAAGGGAUAGAAUCGUGGUGAGGAAUUCCAGAACACCAACUUUCUUUUUAGAGCCAGAAUCAGCGGACUCAAUUGCAAUAAGGGAAGCGAUCAGUAAUAAGCCUGCAAUCUUAGAGCACAUCUCCAAUGAAAUCACAUUGUGCAUUAUGCAGACUAUUGUGGAAAACUUCAGGUACUUUGCAAAAUUGGUGCCAGUGAAAGAAUUCUACCAGCUGAAUUUAAUGUGAACAUACUGUCUACAGACCCAGUACCAGUGAAGUAAUUCAACCAACUCAAUUUGAUAUUGUGAACAUACUGUCUACAGACCCAAGAAAGUGAUUAAAU